AUAUUUGUUGCAUACAAAACUGGGUUAUAUUUAUUUCUUAUUAUGCAGAAUAUUACAUAAUAUGAUACUUUUAUUAUUAUUCUGUUUAUUUUAAGAAGAUUUAUAUAAUCAAAAAAUUAAAGAACGUUCAUAGUUAUUAUUUUUUAAUUUUUAAGCAUUAAUGUUUGCAAAGCUUGGCAAGUUAGUCAUUUUUUAAAAACUAUUUGAAGAUAAAUUACUUUCAUAAAAAUACUAACUAAGUUUGAAGUUAGUUUGGUGAAAAUAGUAACUUUAUAGAUUAAAAAACAUUUUUGUUGAAAUGUAAAUAAUAAGUUAUCCAACUUAUAUUAUUGAUUAAAACUGAAAAAUUGAAUUAAACACCUAGUAGAUUAAUUGGAAAUUAAUUGGCAUAUCACAUAUCAGUUAUUAGAACAUAAAGGGUGAAACAAAAUAAAAAAAUAUAUAACAGUAUGACAACUUAAAAUAUUAAUAUUAAAUAAUAAUACAUAAUAUAAUCUAUAUGACUAUAUUCUAGUAUAUUUUAUUUAAAAUAAAUAUAGGUAAUACUCUAAUAGUUAAAUAGUAUUAUAGAUAAACGGGUAAACGUAAACCACCGAUAACAGUACCAUGAAAAUGUUUGUGUAUUUUAAACAGGCACAGUUGUUCCAGAGAAUUUAAUUCAAAAUAAUGAUAGUAACACUAUGAAUAUUGGUUCCAAUGUGAAGUUAAACUCUGACUAUGCACCUGAAAAGAAUAAUAUACCAUUCUUGAAAAAAAAUCAAAAAAAAAAAGGAAGAAUUCGUUUCAAAUGUUUGCAUUGUGAAUACUUAACAUUUCGAAAACAAAAUUUAAUUGUGCAUCUUAGAGAAAAACACGAAACUAGAAAACAACUAGAAACUAAAGUUAAUAAUGGUACAUCAAAUACAACAAGAACGAUUGAAGUAUUUUCGUGUACGUUAUGUAAAAUGACGUUUAAUACACUGGAUAAAUGUAAAGAACAUAUGACACAGCAUUUGAUAAAUACUCAUAAAAAUAAUCAAAAUAAACAACAAGAACACGGUUGUAAAAGUAUUCAAUUAAGUAAAAAAAAAUUUGAAGAUAUAGAGUAUAUUUCAAAGUGUGUACAUUGUAAACGUAAAUUUCGUUCAGAAAAUUCAAAAUUACUUCAUUCAUUGUGUCACCAAAAUGAUUGUAAAGAUUAUAAAUGUAGUGAAAAAAAUUGUGAUUUUAUAACACCUAGAUGGAAUGCUUGUCGUAUUCAUUUGUGGAAGAUUCAUAAAAUUGACAUUGAUAUGUUUAGCUGUCAAGUUUGUAAAAAAUAUACAACUACAACAUAUCAUAACUUAGUUAAUCAUGUAUCAAUGAAACACAAUAAAACAUUGUCUUGUGUAGACUGUGGUGCUGAAUUUCAGGAUUCGACCAAGCUACAAAAUCACAGAGUAUUUCAUUCAAAAGCAAAGCCUGUAAAUAAAGAAAGAUGGUAUAUGGAAAAGACAUGUGUAAUUUGUAAUAUGGUGUUGGCUAAUUCAAAAAGUUUAAAACUUCAUACAAAAAAUGUUCAUCUUAAGUUAAAGCCUUAUGUGUGUCAAGUGUGCAAUCAUGGAUCAGCAACUAAAUACAUGAUGCAAGUUCAUAUGCGGCAGCAUACUGGUGAAAAACCAUUUAAUUGUGAUGUUCCGGAUUGUAAUUUUAAAACUGGAGAUCAUAACUCACUUAGACGUCAUAAACUACGCCACUCAAAUGAAAGGCCGUACAAAUGUACCCAUUGUAAUUACAAGUGUAUCCAAGUGACUGCUCUCAAAAGUCAUAUAACAAAUAAUCAUCGAGAUAAAAUGGACAGUUCAUACUACUCAUGUAAUCGGUGCACAUUUGGAACAGUGAGCUUGAAAAGAUAUAAUGACCAUGUAUCUGGUCAUGAAACACAAGUUCAAAAUGGUCUAGAACCUAGUCCUGUAAAAUCUCAUGAGACAAAAGCCGAAAUGACGGACGAUGAUGAUACUGCACAAGGAUAUGUUGAUGACACAGGUGGUAUAACAAUUUCUGAAAGUGUGGGUUGUACUGUAUUAAAUUUAGACGAUAAUGCAAUUAUGCUUACAUAAUAAUAUGUUUUAAAAUAAAAUUAGUCAUAAUCCAAAUUCAAAAUAUUUUUUUACC